ACCAGGCAGAAAGGAGAGAGGGACGCCCAUUCGGACGGUCCAAAAGUAUCUUUAAACCUGGAGCGUGAAAGGAGAUCAAGAAUUGCCCAUCUCAUCCGUUCCCAUUCUGCUUUUCUGUCCUCUUCUCUCUCUUUCGUUCUCGUUCCCUCUCUUUUCACCCUCUUCCAUCCUUGGUUGGGUCAGUGCUUUUCUAUGGGUUGCUGCUGAUACAUCGUGGACUGGGAAAGACUAGGGAUUUGUGAUGGUUGUGGCUCUGGAUGCAGUGUGGGUGAGGGUGAAGGGGGUGUGCAAACAGAAUGGACUCCUCAUUCUGUCUGUGUUGGCUGUGGUCAUAGGAUGCCUGCUGGGCUUCUUCCUACGGACUAAAAGGCUCACAGAGCAGGAAGUGAAGUAUUUCCAGUUCCCUGGAGAGCUGCUGAUGAGGAUGUUGAAGAUGCUCAUCCUUCCGCUUGUUGUGUCCAGUCUGAUGUCAGGGCUAGCAGCCCUGGAUGCUAAGUGUUCCAGCAGACUGGGCCUUAUCACCGUGUCUUACUACCUGUGGACCACCUUUGUAGCAGUGGUGGUGGGCAUCAUCAUGGUCUCCGUCAUCCACCCUGGAGGAGCAGCCCAGAAGGAGGACUCCGAGGACAGCGGCAAGGCCAUCAUGAGCUCUGCCGACGCCCUGCUUGACCUCAUCCGCAACAUGUUUCCAGCCAACUUAGUUCAAGCCACAUUUCAACAGUACCGGACGAGAAGUGUUCCCAUUAUGAAAACGCCGAAGGCCACAGUGAGUCAGAGCCUAUCAGAGUCCACCACACGGCGAGCACUCAUAUACGGUAUCCAGGACGACAACGGAACAGAGCUCCAGAACUUCUCCUUGGACCUGACUCCUCCCCCAGACGUAUACUUCAAAACAUUGCCGGGAACCAGUGACGGAAUGAAUGUCCUUGGAAUCGUCAUCUUCUCAGCCACCAUGGGUAUAAUGCUGGGCAGGAUGGGGCCUAAUGGCAGCGCCUUGGUCAACUUCUGCCAGAGCCUGAACGAGGCUGUCCUGAAGAUUGUUGCUAUCGUCAUCUGGUACUUCCCAUUCGGUAUCGUGUUCCUGGUGGCCGGUAAGAUCCUGGAGAUGAGCGAUCCGUCGGCCAUGGGUAAGAAGCUGGGUUUCUACGCUGUCACGGUGGUCUUCGGUCUGAUCCUCCACGGGCUCUUCAUCCUCCCGGCCAUGUACUUCUUCAUCACCAAGAAGAGCCCCAUCGUCUACAUCAGGGGCAUCCUGCAGGCCCUGCUCAUCGCCCUGGCAACAUCCUCUAGCUCUGCAACGCUGCCUAUCACCUUCAAGUGCCUCCUAGAGAACAACCACAUCGACCGACGCAUUAUCCGCUUCGUCCUCCCCGUGGGCGCCACCAUCAACAUGGAUGGGACGGCGCUCUACGAGGCCGUGGCUGCCAUCUUCAUCGCCCAGGUCAAUAACUACGAGCUGGACUUUGGACAGAUCAUUACCAUCAGCAUCACUGCCACAGCAGCCAGCAUCGGUGCUGCAGGAAUUCCACAGGCUGGUCUGGUCACUAUGGUGAUCGUGCUAACGUCUGUUGGGUUGCCAACUGAUGACAUCACUCUCAUCAUUGCAGUGGAUUGGGCAUUAGACAGAUUCCGGACCAUGGUGAAUGUUAUGGGGGAUGCGUUGGCCACAGGUAUCAUGGCCCAUAUCUGCAGAAAAGACUUUAUCAAGGAAGGAGAUGGUGUGCCUCUGAUCUGUGAGACCAAGCCCAUGAUAAACAUCCAGCAGCAUAUGAACUGUGAGAACAACAACGGUAGCUUCCAGCCACCUCCCCAGUGCUCAGGGGUCAAACCAGACGCCUUCCCCCCCGACGUGGCCCGCCUCAUGCAGCUGGAGGAAGGGGUGCGGCCCCCGCCCCCUCCGGAGAGGAAAAAGCCCCCUGUGCCUCCCAGGCAGCUGAAGAAGGAUAAGGACCACUGUGCCAUUGACAUGAAUGGCCUGGAGACCAACGUAUAGGUCCCAUACCUCACAUCACAUCACCACCACUCAUCCCAGCAGGACUCAUGUGGAAAGCUCCACAGUCCAUCACCAGUUGGAGGCGCUCUUUUUCAACUGAGUUUCGUGGCUCAGUAUGUCGGAAUGAAAGGCCAACGCCACUGGAAUUUAUAGAGGUGAAGAUGGAUGAACAGAUGAACAGAGAGAGCAAUGAUGGAUCCCAUCUUAUUUUUUAUUGUUAUUGUUGACAUCGAGUCACUCAUUUUCAUUUUCUGUUAUGUUUGUGAGAAACGUGAGAUUUGUGACAAGACUUGUGUCCUGUGCUUUCAUGGAUGGUGGAUAUAGUUAGGGAGCACAGGGAUGGGGGAAGUACAGGCUUCUCUGAAACCUGACAGUGAUGUACUGGGAAAUAAUUAUUUUCCAGGAUUCCUUCAAAGACUCCUUCUCUAAAGUGGACACAACACUAGCUGGGAUAACUGAAUCACCGUGACAGUGGAUUUUUAUGGCCAAAAGGAGGACGUUCUGUAUAUGCUGUUCACUUUCCAGACCACCUAUACACACUGUUCACUUUCCAUAUCACCUGUACACACUGUUCACUUUCCAGACCACUUGUACAGUACACACUGUUCACUUUCCAGACCACCUGUACACACAUGCCCACCUACCUGUACAUCCCAUAGCUGCAUAGCAGGAGAUGCUCAGUCUGUGUGCACUUACUGUAUGUGGGCCUGUGAACACUCUGCAAGAUGGAAGAACUUUCUCCACUCUUAGAAAUGUGUACAUACUUGUAAUACUAUUUGCAUUGCUUGAGGUACGUAGAUAUUGUCUUUGAUAUUUCAAUUUUAUAAUAUUUAUUUAUUGAUCAUUUUAUUGUUAUCCUGAGCAACAUUUCUGCUAAAGAGCGCAAACGGGCCAUAUGAGUAAGUUUUGUGGCUCUCGCUACUGUCACUGUCUGCAACAUAAAAUAAGUGAAUCAGACAGCUCUCUUUGUCAUGAAACCGAGCAGAAAAGAGAGAGGACGACAAGAUGUCAGAAGUCUAAUUAGCCAGCAGAUCUGACCCGCUUGCUUACAGCUGCACUAGGGUCAGACAGCAUUCCUUUGUACAUUGACACCGUGGACCCGGCGCA